AUGAAGUACCGAUCGACCCGUGGCCAAGCCAAGAACUACUCGUUUGAAGAGACCGUCAUGACCGGUCUCUCGCCUGACGGUGGUCUGUUCAUUCCUCACCAUAUCCCCGUCUUGCCCGCCAACUGGCGUCAAAACUGGGCCAAGCUUAGCUUCCAAGAGCUUGCUGUCGAGAUCUUGAGCUUGUACAUUGACGAAUCGGAAAUGCCCCGCUCCGAUCUGAAAAAUCUGGUCGAACGAUCGUACUCCACUUUCCGCCACCAAGACGUCACUCCCCUCGCACAGAUCCGCGAUGGUCUUUACGUUCUUGAACUGUUCCACGGUCCUACGUUCGCUUUCAAGGACGUUGCUUUGCAGUUUGUUGGCAACUUGUUUGAAUAUUUCUUGGAGCGUCGUAACCGCGAAGACAAGUCGGGCAAGACCCACCGUCUUACUGUAGUGGGUGCAACCUCCGGUGACACUGGCAGUGCUGCUAUCUACGGUCUUCGCAACAAGAAGAAUGUAUCGGUGUUCAUUCUUCAUCCCCACGGCCGUGUCAGCCCGAUCCAGGAAGCUCAGAUGACCACUGUCCUCGACAAGAACGUCCACAAUUUGUCCGUUGAAGGCACCUUUGACGACUGUCAGGACAUCGUUAAGAACCUGUUCGGCAACCGCGAAUUCAACGACCGCCACCAUCUCGGUGCUGUCAACUCGAUCAACUGGGCUCGUAUCCUCGCACAGACCGUAUACUACUUCCAGGCCUACUUUUCGCUUUUGCGCUCACUCAACAUUGAUCCCGCUUCCAGCGAAGCCGAAGCCUUAAACUUCAACUUCUCCGUACCCACUGGUAACUUUGGUGACAUCUUGGCUGGCUACUAUGCGUACCGCAUGGGCUUGCCUGCCAAGAAGCUCAUUGUUGCUACCAACGAAAACGACAUCCUCUAUCGAUUCUUUGAGAGCAACGCUUAUGAGAAGCAGACUGGUGUUGAUGGCAAUGUUAAGGAAACACUCUCACCCGCCAUGGACAUCUUGGUGUCGUCCAACUUUGAACGUCUCUUGUGGUACUUGGCCCGUGAUGCCGAAUCGGAUAGUGGCAAGACCGAAGUGGCUGCUGAGGACAGCGAAGAAAACGAAAAGCUGAGUGAUGAGGCUGGUCAGACUGUUGCUGGAUGGAUGCAGCAGCUCAAGGAAAAGGGUAACUUCAAGGUCAAGGAUGCUGUUGUCCUCAACGCUCGCAAGGUCUUUGAUUCUGCCAUGAUCACUGACAAGGAAACUCUUGCUACGAUCCGCGAGUUCUACGACAAGCCUGGUCAGGCUUCAUACGUCCUUGAUCCACAUACCUCCGUCGGUGUCACUGCCGCCGAACUGGUCAGCAAGCGUCGCCAAUUGCUUGCAUACCCCCAGGGCAAGGAGAUCAUGGUCUGCCUUGCUACUGCCCAUCCUGCCAAGUUCUCAGAGGCCGUCGAGUCUGCCCUCAAAGAAGUUCCCGGCUUUAAUUUCCAGAAGGAUGUCUUGCCCUCCGAAUUCCAUGGCUUGUUGGACAAGGAGCGGUCUGUCGUGCCCGUGGAGCGUGCCGAUCCUAAGCUCGUGAUCGAAGUCAUUGAACGCGAGUUACGUGGCGAAGGAAUUCAGUUCUAA